AUGAGCCCACAUAAGGGCGUAACUUUCUGUGAACAUUUAUGGCCUACGAGCAUAAAAGCUCAUUAUACAAAAAAUAAUAUUAACAAAAAUCGAAGUAUUCCUUGGUUAUUGGGAUUUCUUAACACAGAUAAUAUAAGAUUUUUAUAUACUAAAGUUCAUGAAAAGUAUCCAUGGUUAUUUCAAAAUUAUCAUAACACAAUGCAAGCUUUUCAAAAAGAAACUACACUAAGAAAGUCUUUACAAAAAGAAUCUCAACAAAUUGAUUUUUCAUUACGGCACAAAGAACCUUAUAUAGAAAAUGGUAUUAUUCUUGAAGCUAAUGGAAAACACCUUACAUCAAAAGAAACUCAAGCUUUAAUUAUUAUCAAAGAUCAACAACUUGGCUCUACAAUUUUAAUUGAUACAAAACAAUAUUUAACUUUAGUGUUAACUCAAGCUUGUUCUAAUUGUUUUCAAACAAAUCAAAAGUGGAAAAUUACAAAAUUAGGAUUAACGGUUAAAUGUAUUUCAAAAUGUCGUGAAUGUAAAUCUUAUAUAGUAUUUAAUAAUGAAGCAGAAGGAAUGAAUUAUACUUUGGCUUACGCAGCAGCAGGAUUAGUUGGAGAAGUUACUCGACAUGCACUUCAAACCAUAUUAGCUUCUUUUGGUAUAACUUCACAAAUAUGCGAAAAAAUAUAUAAUACAUAUCAAAGUAGAUUAUUUUCUCGAAUUAUAGACGGUGCUAAAAAAUCAGCAGAAUUGGCAUUAAGACGAUGUAUUGAAUUUAUUAAUCUUUCAGAAAAUCCUGAAUUCCGUAUACAAGUAUUAUCUAAUCAAUAUAAGGAUGAUUUAGAAACUAAUUCCAAUUAUCAAGUUGUAAAAAGAUUUCCUGUUGGAUUUGAUACAUCUUGGAGUCAUUGUAGAAAUGCGAAUCAAGAAAGUGGAGAGUUUAUUUUUCAAUCUGCGAUUCCAG